AUUAGCCCGGCGCCUCUUUUCCGGUUCGACACCCCCGCGGACCUGUUCAAAAUGGUCUCGCCCCGUAGAAAUCGGUGUAGACAUAUCCGGGAGAGACCACUUCAGGGCUUCCAGAAGGGGAGGAACUAGGAAAGGAAUCGAUGGGGCUUCUCUGAAUGUGGCUGAUUGUGCAUUAAUCUGAAGGCAAGGAAAAAAUAAUUGUGCAUGAAGGAUAGGUGAUUAAUUCCUCCCUCCCCUCUCUGAGACUUUUGGAGUCCAGUCAAGAUGCACGGAAGGCUGAAGGUGAAGACAACCGAAGAGCAAGCUGAAGCCAAACGCCUGGAACGGGAGAAGAAGCUGCACCAGUAUGUGACGGCCACCAAGGCCAUCUUUGAGAAGAGGAAACUGGGACAACUGGACAAGGAAGCUCUGGAGCUGACCAACCAGGUCCUCAGCGCCAAUCCGGAUUUUGCCACGCUCUGGAACUUUCGGCGAGAGAUCGUCCUGUGUCUGGAGAAGGAAGAGAGCCCCGAGGAGAUGCAAGCCCUGUGCAAGGCUGAGCUGGCCUUCCUGGAAUGCUGCUUGAGGGUGAAUCCCAAAUCCUACGGCACCUGGCACCAUCGCUGCUGGGUGAUGGGGCACGUCCCGGAGCCGGAUUGGGCCCGCGAGCUGGAGCUGUGCGGGAAGUUUUUGGAGAUUGACGAGCGCAACUUUCACUGCUGGGACUACCGGCGUUUCGUGGUGCAGCGGUCCAAGGUGUUGCCCCAGGAUGAGUUAACCUUCAGCGACAGCCUGAUUACCCGGAAUUUUUCCAAUUAUUCUUCCUGGCAUUAUCGCAGCCUGCUCCUCCCGCAGCUGUACCCUGAUCCCCAGCACCAAGGCCGGAUCCCGGAGGAAAUCCUUCUGAAAGAGCUGGAACUGGUGCAAAAUGCUUUCUUCACGGACCCCAACGAUCAGAGCGCCUGGUUCUACCACCGCUGGCUUCUGGGCAGAGGUGAUCUGGAACCAACCAUUCGCUGCGUCUACGUCAACAGGGAAAACACCUCCCUGGCAGUGGCCUUCUCUCAUCCUGUGGCGGUGGCUCCAGCAUCUCAUGACCUGAUCGUUUUCGGAGAUGAGUCCCCGCUGGUGGUCCGCUGGCGCACGCCGGACGGAAAAAAUAAACCCGGACUUAUGUGGCUGUGUGACUUGCCAACAUCUGCCCUCAAUGAUCAUUGGCCUCAACACACUUUUCGGGUCCUCUGGGCUGAAGGACAUGUGCAGAAGGAAUGUGUCCUCUUCAAAGGCCACAAGGACUGCUGGAACCAGGAUUCGGUGACCGAGGAACAGGUGUUCAGGUGCGAGUUGUCCGUGGAGAAGUCAACCGUGCUGCAAUCUGAGCUGGAAUCCUGCAAGGAACUGCAGGCCUUGGAGCCGGAGAACAAGUGGUGUCUCCUGACCAUCAUCCUCCUCAUGAGAGCUUUGGACCCCUUGGUGUAUGAGCAGGAGACCCUCCGUUACUUUGCUGCCUUGAAGGCCGCAGACCCCAUGCGCUCCUCAUAUCUCAAUGACCUACGGAGCAAGUUUCUCAUUGAGAACAGUGUCCUCAAGAUGGAGUACGCCGAUUCGCGCGUGGUGGACCUCUCCCAGAAGAGCCUGACCAGUCUCUGCCACCUGGAACACCUGUUGUUGGUCACACACCUGAAUCUCUCUGACAAUCUUCUCUCUGCCUUGCCCCCCACGCUGGCCAUGAUGCGCUGCCUCGAGGUGAUGGAGGCCGACAACAACCAGAUCGAGAGCCUGGAAGGGCUGCCCCCUCUGCCUUGUCUGGAGGAACUCUCUCUCCGCAACAACCGCAUCCAGCGAGCCUCGGCCCUCAGGAGUCUGGCCACUUUCCCUGCCUUGGCUCAGCUCAACCUGCAAGGAAACCCCCUGUGUGAGACCCCCGGGGUCCGGUCAGAGCUGGCCAGUCUGCUGCCCAAGGUGACCACCAUCCUCCUCGCCUGAUUUCCCCCGGGUGGGGGCAGACAGCAGCGCCCGAGACCCUUAAUUUAUUGAAAAUUAAAAGCAACCCAAUCAGA